CUGGAUGCGUGCCACUGUACUCGCCCACCACGCCCACACCAUCUCAUCUCAUGAUGACAUGACCGGAUCAUCCGAUCCAUUCAUCCUCAUCUCCGCGCGCGUCGAUCCAAGAGCACGAAUAGGAAAGAGAGGAAUCGCGGAAAGAGACGCAUCGACGUCGACGUCGACGGCGACGCUGGUUUAAGCCCUCCUUCGUUGCUCGAGGUAGGCUUCCUUCUCCCCUCCUAGAGACGGCAUUGGUUGGUUUGCCGGGGGCCGAUGGCGGCGGAGGCGAAGGCGCCGCUGCUAGAGGAGGCGCGGAGGGGCGCCACGCCGGCGCAGACCAUCGGCAACAUCGUCGUCUCCAUCGUCGGCACCGGCGUGCUCGGCCUGCCCUUCGCCUUCCGCACCGCCGGCUGGCUCGCCGGCGCUCUCGGCGUCGCUGGCGCCGGUGCCGCCACCUUCUACUGCAUGCUCCUGCUGCUGGAAUGCAGAGACAAGCUGCGAGAGCAAGAGACCGAGGAGGACGGCGAGCAGCACCAGCGUUGCUGCAACUACACCUACGGCGACCUGGGCGAGAGGUGCUUCGGCCGGAUCGGCAGGCACUUCACCGAGGCCACCAUCAUCCUGUCGCAGACGGGCGGCACCGUGGCGUACCUAGUGUUCAUCGGCCAGAACGUGUCGUCCGUGUUCGCCGCCGAGGACGGGCACGGCCCGCUGACGCCGGCCACCGUGGUCCUCGCGCUGCUGCUGCCCGUCCAGGCGGCGCUGUCGCUGGUCCGCUCGCUGUCGUCGCUCGGGCAGUUCAGCAUCCUCGCCGACGCGUGCACCGUGCUUGCCGUGGCCACCGUGGUGAAGCAGGACCUCCAGCUCCUGGCCGCGCGCGGCGAGCAGCCGUUCCAGGGCCGCGCCGCGGUCGAGGGGCUCUGGGGCGUCGCGUUCGCAGCCGGAUUCGCCGUCUUCUGCUUCGAGGGCUUCUGCAUGACGCUGGCACUCGAGGCGUCCAUGGCCGACCGGAGCAGGUUCCGCUCCGUGCUCCUCCAGGCCAUCGCCGGCGUCACCGCCGUGUACGUCUGCUUCGGCGCCUGCGGCUACCUCGCCUAUGGCGACGCCACCAAGGACAUCAUCACGCUCAACCUCCCCAGCACCUGGUCCACCGCCGCCGUCAAGGUUGUGCUGUGCAUCGCGCUGGCACUGACGUUCCCGGUGAUGAUGCACCCGAUCCACGAGAUCGUGGAGGCGCGGCUGCUGGCGCCGGGCGGGUGGCUGCGGAAGCGCGGCGGCGCCGUGGAGCGGGCGGCCCUGCACGCGAGCCGCGUAGCGGUGCUGGUGGCGCUGUCGGCGAUCGCGUGCUUCGUGCCGGCGUUCGGGUCGUUCGCGUCCUUCGUGGGGAGCACGGUGUGCGCGCUGCUCUCCUUCGUGCUGCCCGCGCUGUUCCACCUCCGCGUCGUGGGCCACGCCGCGGGCGCCGCGCAGCGCGCCGCCGACUGGGCCAUCCUCCUCUUCGGCCUCGCCUUCGCGGCGCACGGCCUGUACGCCGCCGUCCUGUCGCGGAACUGACGGCAGGCGGCGGGCGGCGGCGGCAGCCUAGUGCACGUUCCCAUUCCGACGCACGAUUUUCUCUUCCACGCGCGUUUGUGUUGAUAAGAUAAGAUAAAAAAUGCAGCAGUUUCGUUAUUAUAAAAUUGAUUGAUUGAUACGUUUCGGAUAGGCCUGGAUAGGAGGACUGGAGAAUCUGUUCACUCCUGCCUGUUUUCAGAAAAUAAAAAAUUACAAAGUUCAGACUUCAGAGUAGCAUGACAGAUGAUUACCUGGUGUAAUCUGCGCUCUGGCGGCGCUAAAUAAAAACAGGCAACUUCUACAA